AUGUGUUCUAGUCGAUCGAUCAAUAUUCACAAAGGUGAUUUGACAAAACAACAAGCUGAUGUUAUUGUCGUGUGCUUAUCAUCAAUAGCCUUGCUCGAAACUGUCUUAAAAGCAGGUGGAGAUGCCGUACUGGCUUCAUACAACAGUGAAUUAAGAAAAAAUUCAACAAACAUCACUGCAGUUGCAGCUAGUGGACAACUUCUAGCGAAAGAAAUUUAUUUUCUUCCAUGGGAACCAAACUCGGAUGAGGCACUACUCUGUGAAUCAUUGAAAACAUUUGUUUCAAAUGCUAUUAAAAAAGCAGCGAAUGAUAAUUAUACGAGUAUCGCAUUUCCAGCUAUUGGUUGCGGUCAGUACGGCUGUUCGAUCAAUCUUGUUGCUAAAACUUUAAUUGGAGAAGCCUUUCGACUACAAACUGUGCACCCAAUUGCCAUUUUCUUUAUAAUACAACCACAUAGAACAGAUAUUUAUGAUGAGUUUCAAAAACAAAUUAACUUAUUAGAGCCAUUAGAACCGACUCCAGAAAUACCAUCAGUAUCCGUUUCGAUUGGAAAUGGAAUGAUUGUAGUAGAAAAUGGAAAUAUAACAACGCAAAAGGUACACGGAGUUGAUGCUAUUAUUGGAAGCUCAUCGUCGAUAGCCUUACAACAGACGAUAAUCGAAGCAGCGGGCAAUGAAGUUAAAACUGCAUAUGAAACCGAAUACAGACGCAAUCCGAAUUCGAUUCUGAUCUCGACUCCACCCGGUCAAUUAUCUUGUCAGCGAAUCUUUUUUCUUAAAUGGAAACCGAAUGUAGAUGACUCUAUACUUCGACAAUCGAUCGUUGAUUUCAUAUGGACUGUUAUUCAGAAUGUUAUCUCCUAUAAUUACACAUCAGUUGCAUUCCCAGCCAUCGGAUGUGGAGGAUAUGGCUGCUCCGUAGAUAUUGUAGUCAAAACAAUGGUUCGAGAAAUUAAAAAUCAACUGAAAACAAGAAAUUUAUCAUUGACAGUCAAAUUCGUUAUUCAGCCUGAGCAAAAAAAUAUUUAUGAUGAAUUUUGUAAGCAAGUCUUGGCAUCCGAAGAAGUAGCUUUCGGAACAGCGGUCGAAGAUCAACUACCAGCAACAUGGGAGAAAUCAACUAGAAAUCAAUUACGAUUUAUGGUACCUACUAACACAAACGAAUACAAGUUCAUUUUGACAGAUUUCGAUAAGACAAUGAAAGGAAAAUACACUCAAAUAAUAAAAAUUGAACGUAUUCAAAACGAGAGAUGGCUUUUACAAUAUUUAGCUCAUAGUCGAGAUUUUAAAAAAAGACUUAGCAUUGAUACUGAAAAACAUUUGUAUCACGGAUGCCCUGACAAAGCAGCAAAUUCAAUUAUCGAGGACUGUUUUAAUAGAAGUUUUGCUGGAGUGAACGGAACAGCAUACGGUGUUGGUGUUUAUUUUUCAUUGAAUGCAGCCUAUAGUCAUGACUAUACUCAGCCGAAUGUCAAUGAAGAACGAUGCAUGUUUGUUUCACGUGUUCUGAUCGGGAAAACGACUAAGGGAAAUAGUUCGAUGAAAACUCGACCUCUGGGAUUCGAUUCAACAACUGAUGGGAAUCAUAUUUUUGUCACGUAUCAUGAUGCACAAGCGCUCGCCGAAUAUUUAAUAACUUAUAAAUAG